UGUAGUUUUCAAAGAAAAUGAAGUGUACAUAAAAAUGUGAGUUAUAAAAGAGAAAGGAAGCCUUGAAACGUUUUGUUUACAAAGUUUAUGAAAAAAAUGAGGAACAAAGUAUUACGCGUUGCUCAAAGUGCUAUUACUCUUGUAUUGAUUGGUAUGCAGAUGUCGCAUGUAGAAGCUCAACACCAAAAUGAUACGAUCGUGUUUUUUGAUGACAUGGAUCUUGUGAAGAUAAGUCAGAAAACGGUAGACCAAAUGACGUUACUGGAAUCUCUUGUGAGGCUAAUGAAUAAAGGAGACAGGCCUGUCAGAAGAUACUUCGACUCCUACUCCACACCUUUUGCCGGAUUUGAAGAAAUUACUUUUAAUAACAAACCAGUGUUAAGGCUUCAAGAAUAAAAAGUAAUA